GAGGCGACACAAGUCCAUGUGGUACUGCGUGAUCACUCGAGCACGGGCCAGAGAGAGCGGUGUGAUUUUUUUUAAUAUAUUUAAGGAGAAUGAGAAAUUCCUGGGCUUUCGCGCGUCUCGUGUUUAUCGACUAGAAUAAGCUCAAAUAAAAAGGUUGCGAACGUCAGGUGAUAAAACAAAGAAAAUCGUGCUGAAAUUGGUGCGUUAAAUGUUGCCUUAAGGGAGCAUUUGUUUGAGGUGUGAAAAAUCGUGUUUCGGGGGCAGCGAGGAGAAAUUCUUGCCUCGUUUUUUUUAUCUUUGAGAUCGCAACGUGUGCGUGCGUGAACCAUGGCGGAUUUAGACGAUUUUUUUGCGAAAAAAGAUCGCAAGAAGGCGAAAGGAAAAAAAUUUACAACGACCGAGGAAAUCGCCAAGAAACUCGAGGAGACCGGAAAACGCGUUGAGAAACCUAAACCAAAGGACAAACCGGCCAAUCCCGAAGAAGAUGAAGUUGCUCAAACGGCCCCCGAAGAGGAUGAAUGGCGAGAGUUCGAGGAGGAGAAAAAGGAUUACACGGGUUUGAAAAUAGGUAAUUUGGCGGUGACUGAUAAUACCGAUGGCGAGUCGGAAGAAGAGAGAGGAACAGGGGAAAACAGUUCUGACGGCGAAGCGACCGAAGCUGGUGGAAAGCAGAGCGGCCCUUGGAAAAAACAAGAAUUGCCAGAGCAAAAAGAAACUGUAGGAGAGGCUCCGCCUGCGGGAGGAGGAAGUUACAAAGCGCCUCAUUUGAGGAACGUAAGCUCAUCUGUUUCAACAAGUUCAAGGUCGAGAAUGAGAAAAGUUGCUCCCGAUAUCAACAGCGAAGAAUAUUUUCCUACACUUAGCGGCAAACAACCUCAGAGCGGAGAAUCUGGCCCAUGGGGAAGAUGGAAACGCGAAGAAGGAAAUUUUGAGGAAGUUCGCAACCGAGGAGGCAGCAGAGGAUACAGUAUGCCGGAAUCGCAGGGAGCACAAGCCCCGAAGCUUUCAUUGGGCAACAAAUAUGGCGCUCUCUCUCAGGACCAGAGCUGAGAUCGCGACCGAGGCAUUUUCUCGUGGGAGAAUAAAUCGUGACGUCGUUGUAAAAUGCAUCGUUUCGUAGCCCAGUCGGUGCUCUGCCGAAGACCCAUUUUUAUAGGAUAGAAAUUUUGUUUUUGCGCUCUCCCCCUGCCCCCCUGGUUUUGUUUAUUGAGAAAAAUGAAAAGCGAGAAAACCCAAGGAAAUAUGAGAAGAAACGAAACGGCGUCGACGUGGUGCGAAGAAUGUUUAAAAAAUCGCCUGCGUCGACACUUUAUUUAAUAUAUUGAUAUUAUCAAUGAUGGAGAUUCACUUUGUGACAAAAAAUAUGAAAAACGAUGAAAUAUAUCGGGAUUCCGGACCGCCACAUUGGCUCGUUCCAACUUUCGCCGCUAGAAUCGCACGGAUUGCAUUUUUUUAAAUCUCCUUUUCAAGUAUAGGUAACUCGCAGAGUUUUAUUUCCGCCUAUUUUCGAAGGCAAUUUUUUCAUUUUCGCGACACUAUUGCCCAUUUAUUAUUUCAUUGACAUAGUAAAUUGCCAUUUCGCAAAUAUCUCGAUAAACACGAAGACACACAAUGAAGAUGAAAAAUUUUCCCAUUUUCGCCACAUUUUCGUGCGGUUCCUAUUUUUUACGUUUAUCUAAAUAAUUCAUAAAUACGAAAGGAUGUUCGGAGACUCAAGGAAAACAUAAUAAAAUGGUAAAUACAUCGACUAAGUGCGAGGGAGAGAGAAAAAGAGAGGCGAUAAAUUAAAUGAAUAAAUUAAUUGAAGAGAAAGAAAUAAAUCGUGCGAAUAAGAGCUGAUUGAUAAAGAGGAUAAAAAAGAGCAACAAUUUGUAGGUAAAAUUAAGAAUUAAGCGUAUAUGCGUAGAAAAUAAAUAAAAAAAUCAUUAAAUGAGAGAAGAAAUAACAACUUAAAAGAAGUAAUAAUUAUAACGAAUAAAUAAUUGAAUAAUUCAUCAAAAUAACGAGAGUGAUUCUCACCGGGGCUGGGCUUCGGAACAUGUCGAAAUAUAAACGAAACCAACAAAGAGACACAAAGUAUAAAAAACAAAAUAAAAAAAAUCGAGUUUGUUCACUGCGAUGCUAAUUUUUCGUUUUGAGAGCGGCAUUAAAGGAGAAGUAAAUGAUAAUGGAAGAAAUCAAUUGAUAGGCGAUAAGCUAACGGGAUGAGAAUAAUUGGGUGACAUUUUGUUUGUUUUUAAAUGGAAAAUUUUGUUCGCACGAAUGAUUUUCAGUUUGAAGAGGACAAAGAAACACUCUAUUUACACUUUUGUUGACGAUUGUUUAAUUAUUUCUGUUAGAUAAGGCUUUUUUUAAAUAAAACAAAGACACAUUGAAGAGAA